AGUUUGUACGGCAUUUGUCAAUAUGUCAAGUUUAUACGUCGUUUGAGUGGUUUUUAUGUUUUUAAAUGAAUUUAUUAUAUAUAUUUGGAUAUUCGUAAUUAAAAAUACAUUCAAAGAUAAAUGAUCUGUAAAACUCUGGAUUUUUAGAUUAUUGUUUAAUACUCUAAAAAUGGAGGAACAGGGACCCGAGGUAACAUUUCUAUUUCAAUUCGGGUUAAUAAGGGAUGCAGUUACAGUACCCCAGUCCUCUUUGAAUCUCAAAACUAUUAAGAACCUCGCAUGUGAUUUCCUCAAUUCUAAGAUCCCAGAUCAUGGCGUAAAUAAGUUAGAAGAUCGUUUAUUACUAUUUCGACAUGCAUAUAAUUCAACCAAUAUUCUUCAGUUGAUUAAUUCCGCGUCAGACAUAAGUGAUGAAACUUUAAUUGAAAUUGUUUUAACUGGUAGAGAGUUACCUCUUUCAUCGGUUGCAGAUGUUACCGUGGUACGCCCACACGCUCUUUCUGUUCAUUCAUACAAAAGUCCAACAUUUUGCGAUUUUUGCGGUGAGAUGCUAUUUGGAUUAGUAAGACAAGGACUCAAAUGUGAUGNUUCUACCAAUCUUCAGGUUCCACGUAGUCCGUCUUGUGGCUCGAAUACCUCUCUUAUUUCUGCAAAUUCCGCACAAACUGAGGACAGUGGCUUGGGAAAUAACAAAUCUCCUUCACUGGGUGGUCGGCCUGUAUGGGUUGAAAAAGAACUAUCUAGUAGAGUCCGUAUACCUCACACUUUUGUUUUACAUUCAUAUACAAGGCCAACGGUAUGCCAAUACUGCAAAAAGCUCUUAAAGGGAUUAUUUAAACAGGGUCACCAAUGUAAAGAUUGUAAUUAUAAUGCUCAUAAAAAAUGCAUUGACAAAGUACCCAAGGACUGCACUGGCGAGCUUCCAAAAGAUGCUUCAGGUAAUUUCGAAUAUGCAGAUAGCUCGGCUAGCAACGACAGUCACAACUAUUUACUGUUAGAAGAUGAUCAGGAGAUUAUAAAAGAUACAGAUACCUACACAGCAGAAAAUGGUGCCAACAAAUUCAUAGAAGUUAUUCCUGUUCAUGAUAAUGACAACGAUUUAGCUCCAUCCACUAUAAGUUGUAGUACAUCUUCCUCUCCAAGUGCCAAUAUUCCUUUACAACGAAUAGUGCAGUCUGUGAAACACACGAAACGAAGAGGUUCGAAAGUUAUAAAAGAGGGAUGGUUGGUACACUUCACUAAUAAAGAUAUGAUGGUUCGGAGACAUUUUUGGAGAUUAGACACUAAAUCUAUCACGUUAUUCCAAACUGAGCAGAGUUCUAAGUAUUUUAAGGAAAUCCCAUUAUCAGAAAUUUUAACAAUAGAUACUGCCAGAAUAAAGCAAGGCGAGGUUAUGCACUGUUUUGAAAUUAGAACAGCUAAUGUCGAUUAUUUCGUCGGUCAGGAUCCACUACACGAUCUUCAAGAUGGAAACUCGGUAAAUCUACCUCCUCCAGAUAGUGGUAUUGGUGCCUAUCUGGCCAGGAGUUGGGAAACUUCUAUUAGACAAGCAAUAUUACCAGUGCAAGCAAAUAUUAAACAUGAAGAAACUUCAAUUAGUGAGGAACAUAUAACAGACAUGAGCCAAAUUUAUCAGAUAUAUCCUGAUGAAGUUCUUGGUUCCGGUCAAUUUGGAAUAGUUUAUGGAGGCAUACACAGAAAGUCAGCACGACCCGUAGCUAUUAAGGUGAUAGAUAAAUUACGAUUUCCCACAAAACAAGAAGCACAAUUAAAAAAUGAGGUUGCUAUACUUCAGAAUCUGUCUCAUCCAGGAGUAGUGAAUCUGGAACGUAUGUUUGAAACUCCAGAAAGAAUAUUUGUGGUAAUGGAAAAAUUGAAAGGUGAUAUGUUAGAAAUGAUAUUAUCCCAUGACAAAGGGCGACUGACUGAGCGUGUAACAAAAUUUUUGAUUACACAGAUUUUGAUAGCUUUAAAACAUUUGCACAGCAAAAAUAUUGUUCAUUGUGAUCUAAAACCAGAAAAUGUCUUGUUAAACUCUGAUGCCGAAUAUCCUCAGGUGAAACUUUGUGACUUUGGAUUCGCUAGAAUCAUUGGAGAAAAAUCUUUUCGUAGAUCUGUUGUAGGAACUCCUGCUUAUUUAGCUCCUGAAGUCCUUCGAAAUAAGGGCUAUAAUAGAUCAUUAGAUAUGUGGAGUGUAGGUGUAAUUGUGUAUGUGAGCCUGAGCGGUACAUUCCCAUUUAAUGAAGAUGAAGAUAUUAAUGAGCAAAUUCAAAAUGCUGCAUUCAUGUACCCACCAAAUCCUUGGAAAGAAAUAUCAUCAGCUGCUAUUGAUUUGAUCAACAACUUGCUCCAAGUUAAGCAAAGAAAGAGGUACUCGGUGGAUAAAUCUUUACAACAUAUAUGGUUACAGGAUUAUCAAACCUGGUGUGAUUUGAGAGUACUGGAAAACCAAGUGGGGGUGAGGUACUUAACACACGAGUCAGAUGAUGACAGAUGGGAGAGACACAGAUCUGACGUAUGACCUGAAAAGGGAUGGCUGCAUAACGUUAAAAAGUGCCUUCGGGGUAUCAAAACAUGAAAACCUAGAAGGAAAAAAUUUUCAAAUGUGGCUGGUGAAUAAUUUGAGCCAAUAUUCUUUAAUGAUUCCGAUUAUCACGAAAAGUUUAAACAGAUACGUUGAAUUUAAAGUAUUAUUUAGUUUCCUUGAUAUAAAAAUAAAGAAAGCACAUAUAUUGACUCGUAAUAAGUUAAAAUAGAGAUUACUAAAUCUUAAAGCAUAUAUAUGAACAUAUAAUGUAAGAAGUUUAACUAGUUGUCAUUCCUUAUUAUUAAAUUAUUUAUUUAUUUUAAUUCGGGUAAAGUGCUUUACUGAAAUAGAUUAUUAAGUUAUGUUAAAUGUGUAUAAAUAUAUUUUUUUACUUUUUUUAAUAUUUUUUUAAUUUGGCAUAACAUUUACAUCUACUGUACUGCUCUGUUAGCGAAAUAUUAAAGUUACCCAAAAAGUUUGUAAAUAAGCACUGAUUCUAAAACUCGGGAUUGGAUGAAAAAAAAUGUAUUUUUGAAUAAAAAAUUUCCUAUGGAUAAGGACUUGAAAAUGCUAAAUAAAAAAGGUACGGUGACAAUGGGUUGCCAAAAACCAAUUCAGAGAUUAUUAAAAACUCUCAUAAAAAGUCGAUAACUUUAGUAAUUUCCGAGGAAGAAUGUUUUAUGAAAAUAUUUUGUGGCCACGUGAAUUCAAAUCCCAAUUAUUAAAUUUCACAAUCUUAAUUUUGUUGUAUAUUCAAACUCUACUUCAUUUAUAAUAGGUAUAGUCUUUCCGAAGUCAGUUGAACAUGUACAAAAACGCCUGCAAUAAAAUUUAAUGAGUU